AGACGAGGUGUGUUCAAUUCACGGAGUCCUUCAUAUUCCAUGGUGCCAUUCGGAGUUUGGUUGCUUGCGAGCCUGGGCGCUGCUGUGCGGCCCAGCAGCAUAGAUGUGUCGGGUGACCACCUGGUGCAGCGUCUGUGGCCACGGCCCCGGCACGUGGAGCCCUUGGGCCUGGGGCCAGUGGCCGUGGACCACGAGAGGCACCAGUUCCAGGCAGUGGGCUGUGGCUCAUCCCCUCUGGCCGGGUGCCACGUGCUGAGCUCCGCCUUCAAGAGGUACAAAGUUUUGUUCUUCCCCCAUCAUGCGGACCUCGACAGCUACUCAUUGCUUGAGACGGGCUCCAACAGCAGCCACUUGCGGGCGAGACGGCGGCAGCUCAGGGACGUGAGCAUCACCAAGGUGCAGGUCGAGGACCUGGCGGCGGAGCUGAGCUUAGGGGUGGAUGAGUCCUACGACUUGGAGGUCUCCGAAGAAGGAGUGGUGAUCUCCUCUGAGACGACCUGGGGCGCGCUGAGGGCUUUGGAGAGCCUCUCCCAGCUCAUUGACUUCAACUUUACGGAGGAGAGCUACUUUGUCGAGUCGCCCUGCCGGAUCCAGGACUCCCCUCGCUUCCCACACCGGGGAUUGCUGAUCGACACGGCCCGGCACUUUCUCACAGUGCCGCGCCUGAAGAGGACCAUCACGGCCAUGUCCUUCGCCAAGCUCAACGUCCUCCACUGGCACCUCACAGAGGACGAGUCCUUUUCGAUGCCCAGCCGCUCCCACCCCGAGCUGGCCGAGAAGGGCGCUUGGAGUGCCACUGAGAGGUACACGUGGAAGGACGUCAAGGACGUAGUCGACUUCGCCUACCUCAGGGGCAUCCGUGUGAUUCCGGAGUUUGACAUGCCCGGCCAUGUGAGCUCUUGGAGCAAGUCCCACCCCGAGCUCUUCGACGCCGCCUGCCUGGCACGGAGCCGGCGCCUCGCCUUCAAGCCCACCCAGGAGACCUUCGACUUCUUGGAGGGUUUGCUGCGAGAGUGGACCUCCGGGAUUUUCCGAGACGGCUAUUUGCACUUAGGUAGCGAUGAGGUGCCCAUGGAAUGCUGGGCUCACUUGGAGGUCACGGACGAGCGAGGCCGCAGCGUUAGAGGCCCCCAUCGCCUUUUCUCGCUCUUCGUGGGCGCCAUCUUUCAGAGGGCCAAAAAGCUGAACCGCCAGGCCAUUUUCUGGGACGAGGCCUUCUCAUCGGCCUCGCUGCCAGAGGAUGCUGUGAUCCAGGUCUGGCGAGACAAGAACCUGGUCCGUCAGGUGGUGAACGCUGGACACCGGGCAGUGCUCUCUUGGGGCUGGUAUCUGGAUCAUUUGCAGGAAGGCUGGAAAGGAAUGUACCAGAACGACCCCACCUCUGGCGUCCCGAACGAUCAGCACCAUCUGGUCUUGGGAGGCCUCAGCUCGAAGCUCGAAGGCGAAGCGUGCAUGUGGGGCGAGACGGUGGAUGGCUCCGACCAGGGCAACACGCUGUGGCCGCGCUUGGCGGCGGUGGCAGAGCGUCUGUGGAGCCGCAGGGAGGUGACGCUCACCGCAGAGGCUGCGCGGCCGCGCCUGGAGACCUUCAGGUGUUUGCUGCUGCAGAGGGGCGUGGAGGCUGCUCCUGUCAGCGGGACUGGCCGCAGCGCGCCGCCCGGGCCAGGUGCCUGCACGCAGCGUGCCGGAAAUUGGGGCCUACUGGCUUGAUGCCGCGGCCCGCGGCCCGGGUUGCCAUGAGCUCCCUGAGUACGCGCCAGCGCGCGAGGAAGAGGCAA